AUGGAGGGUUCGAGCUGCGUGGGGCUGGUGGCGGUCAUGGCGGUGUCGGGGAGCGUCGCCCUGGUAACCGCGCAGCUGCACCGGCGGCUGUCGUCGGAGUUCAUGAAGAAGGUCAAGUUCGAGCUGGGUAAGCCCCUCCAUUUCCCCCCCAUCUCUCUCUCUCUCUCUCUCUCUCGCUCAUCUGCCCUUUCUUCCUCUUUCCUUCUUACCCCCGCCGCAUUGAACCAGGUGGGUUCCUCCGGUCUCCCACUUCUCCUGUCCUCUCUUUCGUCCUCCCUCUUGCUGGGCGGGCCAUUGCCCCCUUUCUCCCCCUCCCUAAAAGCUCACAAGCCGACCUCUCUCUCUCUCUCUCUCGCCCUCUCCCCUUCUCUCUCUCUCUCUCGCGCUAAAGAUAACGUCUGAUUGCAGCAGGCGGAGGGGAGAGCUGCUGCAUGAGAGGGAAGAAGCCGAAGAAGGUGAGGUUCGCCGACGACGUGGCGGAGCCGUCCUCGAACAACGACGAGUACAGGAGACGGCGGUCGGCUGGCGGCGCUUUCUUCAAUCCGGCAAUCUCCCACUAA